UGAGCGGCUCCCAGGCCUGAGGUCGCUGGGCCGGGGACGCCUGUGGAGAGUGCUGCCCCGUGGGGCAGUUCCGGAGCCUCCCGCUUGCGGGGCGCGGCCAGGGAGGCGCGGCGCCUGGAACCUAGCGCUUCGGGAGCCCCACCUGCCCUCCGGAAAGAGCCAGGGAGGAGACAUGGCCGCGGAGCAGAGGAAGGUGAGACCCCAGGCGAGCUCAUUGCCAUCUCAGCCCUUGGUGUCAGUGACAUUUGAAGAUGUGGCUGUGUUCUUCACGCGGGAUGAGUGGAGGAAGCUGGAUCCUCUCCAGAGAAUCUUAUACCGGGACGUGAUGCUAGAGAACUACAGCAACCUGCUCUCAUUGGGACUCCCAUGUACCAAGCCAAAGGUGAUCUCCCUGUUGCAGCAAGGAGAGGAUCCGUGGAAGAUAGAGAAAGACAGUCCUGGAGGCUCCUCUGUAGGUUGGAAGAGUGGUCCUAAAACUACAACAUCAACUCAAACCCAAGACUCUUCAUUUCAGGGACUGAUAAUGAAAAGAUCCAAAAGGAAUAGACCCUGGGAUUUGAAAUCAGAAAAACCUUACAUACAUGAAGACGUAUUAGAGAAAACACAAGAUAAAAAGGAAAGUUUUCAGAUAGUUUCAGUCACUAACAAAAAAAUUCUUACUGUAGAGAAAAGCCAUAAAAAUAUUGAAGUUAGCCAUAAUUCUAACCCAAAGUCAGUUUACAUUAAGCAACAGAUAGUUUCCAGAGAAAAAACACCGCUAAAAUGUGAAAUACAAGGAAACACUUUAAAACAGAAUGCAGAUUUAUCUAAUCAACCAAAACUCACAGCAGAGAAGCGCUAUAAAUGCAGUAUGUGUGAAAAGACUUUCAUUAACACUUCAUCCCUUCGUAAACAUGAGAAGAACCACAGUGGAGAGAAAUUGUUUAAAUGUAAAGAGUGCUCCAAAGCUUUUAGCCAGAGUUCAGCUCUUAUUCAACAUCAAAUAACUCAUACAGGAGAGAAACCUUAUGUAUGUAAAGAAUGUGGGAAAGCCUUCACUCUCAGUACUUCACUUUAUAAACAUCUAAGAACACAUACUGUAGAGAAAUCCUAUAGAUGCAAAGAAUGUGGGAAAGCCUUCAGUAGAAGGUCAGGCCUUUUCAUACAUCAAAAAAUCCAUGCUGGAGAAAACCCUUAUAAAUACAAUCCUGGUAGAAAGUCAUCUAAUUGUAGCACAACCUUUCCUGGAUGUCAGAAAAUUCAUUACAGAAAGAAGUCGUAUUUGUGUAAUGAAUGCGGCAACAGUUUUAAAUCUAGUUCAUCCCUUCGUUAUCAUCAAAGGAUUCACACUGGAGAAAAACCUUUUAAAUGUAGUGAGUGUGGACGAGCCUUCAGUCAGAGUGCAUCUCUUAUUCAACAUGAAAGAAUCCACACUGGAGAAAAACCCUAUAGAUGUAAUGAAUGUGGAAAAGGCUUCACUUCUAUUUCACGACUCAAUAGACACCGAAUAAUUCAUACCGGUGAGAAGUUUUAUAAUUGCAGCGAGUGUGGCAAAGCCUUAAGUUCCCAUUCAACACUUAUUAUUCAUGAAAGAAUUCAUACUGGAGAAAAACCAUGUAAAUGUAAAGUGUGUGGGAAAGCCUUCAGACAGAGUUCUGCUCUCAUUCAGCAUCAGCGAAUGCACACUGGAGAAAGACCUUAUAAAUGUAAUGAGUGUGGGAAAACAUUCAGAUGUAACUCAUCCCUUAGUAAUCAUCAGAGGAUUCAUACUGGAGAAAAACCAUAUCGAUGUGAGGAAUGUGGGAUAUCUUUUGGCCAAAGUUCAGCCCUUAUUCAGCAUCGAAGGAUUCAUACAGGAGAGAAACCCUUCAAAUGUAACACAUGUGGAAAAACUUUUAGACAAAGUUCAUCACGCAUUGCACAUCAGAGAAUUCAUACUGGAGAGAAACCCUAUGAAUGUAACACAUGUGGGAAACUCUUCAACCACAGAUCAUCCCUUACUAAUCAUUAUAAAAUUCAUAUUGAAGAGGAUCCCUAGAAAGUAGGUUUGCAUGGGUGGACACCUUAAACCAAAGCAUAUCAGAGAAUACAUGCUUGACAUCGAAGUAGUAAAUGUACCAGUUAUGAAAAAAAAUAGUCAUUUAGUCUUCAUCAGAUAUUAAAUUAGAUGGAUGAACUUCAUGUAAUAGGAGAAAAUGAUCAUGCCUGUGGGUCACUUCAAAGUAAACUGAUGAGGAAUUUCCAAGUGGAGACAUUGACUUUGGACAUUUGUAAAAUAAAAGUCACUUCUUUCUACAGCAGUGUACACUAUAUGUUGUUUGUGAUCAUUAACUUCUAAGUGGGUGAGGAGGUAUGUGCUGGAUUUCUCACUAGAAAAAUACCAAACAGUAUACACCAGUAAUAUUUUUGUAACAUUUCAAUAGCAUAUGAAAGAACUGAUCCAUUUAUACAUUAUACAUUUUUAGAGAAAAGGACCAAAAUAAAAGGCAAAAUGAACUGUAAAAACUACCUCUUCAUCCUCUGGGAUGUGUCCUUUUCCAGACCUGAUGUCAAAGUGUGCAUGGAUUUCAUUAAAAAAGAGAAAGAAAUAAAAGUAUAGUCUCUUUUUCUAG